GCCGCUCGUCCGACAAGGAGCAGGUCGAAACUCCGUACAUCAUCGUCCAACGCUGCGCACUUCUUGUUCAAAAGCAACCUACCGCGACGAUACGCCUCAGCUCGUCCUCCGCCCGGGUUCCAGCACGUGCAGAAAAGACACAUGUUUGGAAUCGGAGAAAUAGUGAACGUCCUGGCCAAUCCUGGUGAAGCCGUCCGCUCUCUCACCGAGUCUAGACGAUUGCUGGAAGAGGCAAGGCAAGAAAUUCGGGAGAACCGCGAGCGAGCACAACUCCGGCCCGCACACACAUUCUCCCCGCUACCUGGUUUCUUUCCGCGCCCUGCGGAGACGCGCGCGCUCGAAUGCAUUCUCGAGGGCGACCCGAGCUUUACCGUGCUCUUUGGCGCCAGUUCAGUCGGGAAGACAGCAUUGUUGCGUGAGGUCCUCUCCCGCGACGAUUAUCAUGUUUUGCACUUCGAUCUCCGAAUCGCCGGCUUCGCGGAUUUGGCGAGCUUGUACAUGAGCCUCAGCCAACAGAUGGAACUUUACUUUGAGGCCAUUGGCCAAUCGAUGCCAGGGUACGAAGAGUUUGAGAAGGAGGCCUGGGCUUUUAAGCAUGACAGGCUCAAUGUAGAACGGAAGCUUGCUGAAGUGAAAGCUGAUCGGUCCUUUGGUGCUGGGAGCAUCAAGACUAGUGACAUCGCUCGGUUAAUGGAGCUAUUUCAGAGUUCCUUGCUCAAGUAUUGGGUAUUUCGGCCGCAGGGAGAGGAAGAAGCGGAUGUAACUCUACAGAAGCAGAAAUCUGACACGUUACACCCCGAGGCUCAACGAGGUGGUACCGUACGGCGUGUUGAGACCGGCUCAGAAUUGACGCACGUUGAGCGCGAGGUGGAUGCGACACACCCUCCAGCGUCCGAUCCUGCCCAUGCUUUGCCAAUGCAGAUCCCGCCGUCCCAUCGCAAAUGGACCGGAAAACUAUUCAGCAGUCGCGUGGAUCUGCAAGAAGAAGAGGAAGCAACGAAGGGGGAAGAGGAACGGAGGAUACCGAAACAGCACCAAACCGCAAACGAGGGCGAGGAGGGAGAACGGAAGAACGUACGGAAGAAGGUUCCGGUGAUAUUCUUUGAUGAAGCGCAUAAGUUACCAGCACUCAUUCGCUCAACCGAGGCGAUGAAGUGCAUCCUCGACUCAAUGCUCGUGCUUACGAAACAGGACCGAUUGUGCCAUGUUAUACAUGCCACUAGUGAUCCGUUUUACCAAACAUGGCUGAGGCAGCUGAAUGUUAUGCAGCACUGUAAGAUAAUCACUUUCGGGGACUGCUCCAAAAUCGAGACGAAAUCCUUCUUUGUCGAAAGGCUGUUGCCGCGCGUGCCGGAGAAACUGAGGCAAGGGUUAAGUUUCGAUGAUUUGUUUGAUGCCUUUGGAGGCAAACUGGCGCACUGGACUGACUAUGUGACGGAUUACGUGAACGCUAAUGGACGCCUCGAUGUGGAGCACAGCUCGCAUUUUGUGCAGGCGCACGCAUUGCUUAACCUGCACCUCCUCCACGCGUCCCAGGCAGGGCCCUCCGAUUCUCAGCACGAUUUCAGCCGCCAGGCGCCCGGUGGUGGUUUUCGGAUAUAUUCGCCUCUGGCGAUGACAAAUCCUCACGCGGCAGCUGCCAGUGCGGAGGACACGAGCGAAUUUAUGGAGGCACCGGGGUACAUGUCGGAUUUUGACGAUAGGUCGCUCUUGAAGGUGAUGAGCAGGCUGGCGCGCGCAGAUAAGGAAGUCGAGCUGUGGAUCGGGUACUUUGGGUUGUGCAGAGAGAUGGGGGUGAGGGCGGUCGACGGUAUGGUGAAAGGGAGGAUUCUCGAACUGCGAUGGACGGAUACUGUGACGCGCGAGGGCUCGACCGAAUCAG